AUGAAAUCUGCAGAAUUCACUGGGCGGUGUUUCGAGCGCUCUGUUAAAGGCUUUAAGGCCUCCAUUAAAAAAAUAGCCUCCAUUUUCAGUUCAAAAAGAAUCGGCUUCUUAGCGAACCGAUUGCGCAGUUUCCCAGUACCAAAUGCUUCGAAUUCAGCGAACCAACUGAAUAACAGCAACUCGGUUACUCAAAUAACGCCAAAUGUUCUAAAUUCUUCAACAAAUUCUGUAAUAAAUGAAAUUGCUGUUGUAACUGCAAACCGAGCUUCGACUUCGUCGAGGACGCAUAAUGAACUGCAAACCAUUUCCCCUCAUCAUUUUACCUCAACUUUUAGUCAGAGAAAUAAUUCUGGCUCAAGUUCAAGAAAAAGAAGAAAAAAUCAUCAACAUAAUGGCAAGAAUAGUAAGAAAUCCAAUGUGAAAUGUCUUACAAGAACAUUUAUCUGUUUAUCAGACAAAGACCAGAAGGAGGUGCCUGAACGUGAAGAAAUGCGAGAGUUAUUAGUUAUUAUGGCCUUGGCGAUGUUAAAGUAG